AUGUACAAGCCCAAAGCAAGCAGGCAUCCCAUGAUUUACAGCAAGGAGAAUGAGUGGGCCAUCAUCGACGACGAAGAGGAGGAGGAGAAGGAGAGGCAGCGGCUGAGGCAGGCCGAGCGCCUCAAGGUCGGAUGCUUCGUCGCCGCCCUCACCGUCGUUCUCGUGCCCACAAUCUGCGGUUUUGCGAAUCGCGGACCACUGAAGACAUCUCUUGAGGAUCGCAAUGUUCAUGAUUAA